CUGCUCAUGUGACGACAACAACGCAUUUAUGAAGUACGCGAAUUUUGGGAAAAUUGCAUUAAAAGCAACAGAGCAACAUAGGAGAAGAUAAGAAUAAGAGAGAACAUAAGCCAUAGAUAAAGACGAGUACAUAAGCCUUGUUGUAUGCAACAGAGCUUCAGACAAUUUCAUAUUUCAACUUGAAAAUGUUUGGUUAUAUUAGUAUUUAAUAUUUUUUAUAUUUUUUUAAAUGAAAAACCAUGUUUAAAACCCUUAGAAGAAGCAUAUGGACAAAGUUGAACCUUUGGGAUUUAAGGGCGGCGCCGAAGCCCCACAAAAAGUUGCUUCAAUAUGCCAAAAAACCGUCUGGGGCUCAGUUCGCAACAGAUUCCCAAAAAACCGUCUAUCUGAUCGACGACACGGACAGUGAAAGCCCCAAAUCUCCCAGAAAUAUUAGCAGGUAUACCACCAGAACGCACACUUGUGGAGAAUUGACCAAAAACAAUGUGGGAGACAAAGUGAUUUUGUGCGGUUGGUUGGAGUAUCAGAGAAUGAAUAAGUUUAUGGUUUUGCGCGACAGCUAUGGAGAGACUCAGCUGCUGAUACCUGAGGGCAAAAACAUAGUCUCAAUGGAGGAAGUUCCCUAUGAAAGUAUUAUCGGAGUGUCAGGCACUGUUGUCGCACGCCCCAAAGAGAUGGUAAACAAGAAUCAGACCACUGGAGAAAUUGAACUGCAAGUGGACAGCCUGGAAGUGGUAAACAAAGCCAGAAGCAACCUGCCUUUCAAUAUCCGGCAAUUCCAAAAGGCCAAAGAGGCACUUCGAAUGCAAUACAGAUACAUGGAUAUCAGAUUCCCACAGAUGCAGAGAAACUUGCGCGUUCGCUCCAGGCUUUUGAUGAAACUCCGGGAGUUUCUUAUAGAAAACCAUUUUGUAGACGUGGAAACUCCCACGCUGUUUAAAGCCACUCCUGGAGGGGCUCAGGAGUUUGUGGUUCCCACUCGAUUUCCCGGCAAGUUUUAUUCGUUGGCGCAAAGCCCUCAGCAGUUCAAGCAAAUGCUGAUGGCAGGGGCUUUGGAUCGGUACUUUCAAAUCGCCAAAUGCUAUCGAGAUGAAAGCGCCAGAUCUGAUAGGCAACCGGAAUUCACCCAACUGGACAUAGAGCUGUCUUUCACAGAUGUAGAGGCGAUUAUUCAGCUAAUAGAAGAGCUGCUAUCAUAUGCCCUUGCAGAUUUUGUUGAGAAAAUACCGCGCUCUUUCCUCCGGAUGUCUUACAGGGACGCCAUGGAGAACUACGGAUCAGAUAAACCUGAUAUAUCCUUUGAUUUUAAGCUGCAAAAUUGCACAUCACUGCUGGAAAAUAACGAGAAAUUUGCGGCAGUUGAGGAUUUUGGAGCGUAUUUACUGGUUUUCGACCCUAAAAGCGUGCCUUGCACCCUGACUAAAUCUGUGAAAGAGAACUUACUGCAAACAGCUAGACAAUUCCCUAAGGCCAAAUUAGUGCAGAGUGUGGUAGCCAAAGAUUGGCCGACUAAAAUGCAAAAUCUCUUCUCCACUGAGGAAGCCAAGGAAAUGUUGAACCGUUUUUCUAUUACUGAAGGCUCAGUGCUGUUUAUUUGCUAUGGAACCAAAAAGGAAGCAAGUUUACUUCUUGGCAGAAUUAGGACGGAAUAUGUUCAAUUCCUCGAACAAUCCGCUCAAGUCAAAAUUAGGAAAAGCGGGUUGCAUUUUCUCUGGGUCGUAGACUUUCCUCUCUUUGAAAUAAAUGGCGUUACUGGGAAUUUGCAGUCGGCCCAUCACCCAUUUACCGCACCGCAUGCGGAGGAUCUUGAUCUGCUCAACCAGGACCCUUUAAAGGUUAGAGCUUUGGCUUAUGAUUUGGUGCUGAAUGGCUACGAAAUUGGCGGAGGAUCGAUCCGGAUUCACGACCCCGUUUUGCAGGAGCAAAUACUAAAUGUUCUCAAUAUCGAUCGGGACUCUUUGCAGCACAUCAUCGACAUGCUUGGAUCAGGCUGUCCACCUCACGGAGGCAUCGCCCUGGGUCUAGACCGGAUUUUGGCAGUUCUUUUGCAAAUGACCAGUAUUCGGGAUGUGAUCGCUUUCCCCAAAACUUUCGAGGGAAAAGACCCGGUCAGUCAAGCUCCAUCUGAAUUGCCAGAGGAGACGCUAAAGUUAUAUCAUAUCAGGCCCCUAACAGGACAUAGCUAGCUUUUAUGAGCUUGCGAGGCAAACGCGGAUAUUCUCAAAAUAUGGUAUAUUUUAUCACAUUAACACUGUUAUUUUUGCAGUUUUUAUAUUUUGAAAUGUUCUAAGGUUUUAUCCAUUUAGCUGUUUGUUUUCUUUGCGAAGUGAAUCGGGAUUUGUACAUUGUUGAUUAAAGCCCAGUUUAAACAGGGAAAGAUAUAUUGCAUUUCUUUGCAGAUGAUUCACUUCACGUUAAAAACAAGUAUCUUGAACAAAUUGGUUCCUAUGUAGUACAUGCACUGUCGACGCUUUAGGAAUUAUAAAUAUUUCUUUAGACUUCAAUUGAGACACUAAUUGAUUAUGUUUGGUGGCAGUGACAUGGAAAAUGCGUUUUAAAUGAAAAUAUAUGAGUUUGAACAAGU